UGACUCCCUCUUUCUUUUACCUCCAAAUCUUUGUCCUAUAAAUCUUCCCUUCCCUUCCCAUUAAUGAUUUGCGCCAGUAAACAGAAAAUGCUAAUCAGGGUCUGAAGCUUUGUGAAAGGUUUGGACGGACAAGAUCUCAGAAAUGAGCUCGAUUGCUCUGGCGCGGUGGCUGCAGUGAGUGAUACACAGACAGAGAGAGCUAGUUAGAGGGAGAUUUUUUUUUUCCUAUGAAAUGAAGGCUUUCUUGGUUGCUGGGCUCUCUUCCUUCUUCGUUUUGGUCUCUCUGAGCUCGAUUUCAGCUCUGCCAAGCAAUGUACCGCGCUCGGAUUCUCUUAAGUUCAUUAUAGGAGAAGAAAAUCUAGGACCAUGGAAGAAUGGAAUAUCGGAGGCCGCACAAGCUCCAGGGCCUUCAAGCGAUGAUGCCACUCAAAGCACGCUUGUUUUGGCGGCAAACAGGACGAAUAGGCUGGACAUUCUUCGUGGGUUUCGACGCUACCAAGGUGGUUGGGACAUUGCGAAUCGGCAUUACUGGGCAUCUGUUGGAUUUACAGGUGCUUCUGCUUUCAUUCUUGCUGUCCUAUGGUUUGUUUCUUUUGGCUUAUGCCUCGUGGUUCAUCAUUGCUGUGGUUGGAGGAUAAACAUAAAAGGAAAAGGAUCACACCGUUCACAAAGAAUUUGUCUUGUACUGCUUUUAGUCUUCACAUGUGCAGCAGCGAUUGGAUGUAUCCUUCUUUCUGUUGGGCAAGAUGAAUUUCAUGGUGAAGUGUUGCAAACUUUGAAUUAUGUUGUAAACCAGUCAGAAUUCACCGUGGAGACCCUAAGAAAUGUCACACAAUAUCUAUCCCUAGCAAAAACUAUUAGUGUGGCCCAGGUGUUCCUUCCUUCUGAUGUCAUGGAUGACAUUGAUAAAUUGAAUUUGGACGUCAACACCGCAGCAGAUACACUAACCGACAAGACAAACGAAAAUUCUGUCAAAAUAAAGAGAGUCUUCAAUGCCGUGCGUUCUGCUUUAAUAACUGUGGCAGCAGUAAUGCUUCUUCUGGCUCUGAUUGGUCUUAUCCUGUCUAUCCUUGGGCACAAACAUGCAAUUCAUAUAUUCGUAAUAAGUGGUUGGUUGCUCGUUGCAAUUACAUUUGUGCUUUGUGGAGUUUUUGUUGUCCUCAACAAUACAGUUUCUGACACCUGUAUGGCCAUGGAGGAAUGGGUAGAAUAUCCACAUGCAGAAACAGCUCUUAGCAACAUCCUCCCAUGCGUUGACCAAAGAACAACAAACCAGACACUUGUGCAGAGUAAAAAGAUUAUCAAUCAAAUUGUAAAUGUUGUAAAUGAAUUUAUCUAUACAUAUGCCGACACAUAUCCCUCCCGGGAAAAUUCUUAUUAUUACAAUCAAUCUGGUCCUCUGAUGCCGCCACUCUGUUACCCAUAUGACUCUGAACUGCAAGAUCGCCAAUGUGGGCCUCAAGAGGUGUCUGUGGCAAAUGCUUCUGCGGUAUGGCAGAACUAUACAUGCAAAGUGUCACCAGCUGGCUUGUGCACCACCGUAGGGAGGGUGACCCCGAACAUCUACACACAGUUGGUGGCUGCAGUUAACGAGAGCUACGCCCUUGAGCACUACACACCGCCUUUACUUAACCUCCAGGAUUGCAAUUUUGUCAGAGACACUUUCAAAACGAUCAUCACAACUUACUGCCCACCGCUGGGUCGUUAUCUCAAAAUGGUGAAUGCAGGAUUGGGCAUGAUUUCAGUAGGAGUCUUGCUCUGCCUCGUUCUUUGGAUACUGUAUGCAAACCACCCCCAAAGGGAGGAAGUGUUUGCGAAACUAUCAUUACCAGUAAAAGGCAGCAGGAACUUCAAGAACUGCUUUACUAAUGACAUCAAGCGUGAGGUACCUGUAUCAAACCCAACGAGUGAAGUGUAGUCCGUAAAGUAGAAAAACAGUAUUAAGGCUAGGCUCAUCUUUUGAGUUUGAUUGUACCCCUAUUAGGGGAACAAACCAAAGUGGGGCAAAGCUCCAUUUUGAGUUGAGGGGCUAAUAUCGUAGUGUUUGUUAUGUCUAUAUUUUAAGUAUAUCCAUUACUUGAUCUUGAA